GUUUCCCUUUCACAUGGUUUCCAUUUCUCUUAGUUUCCUGAUCAUAUACUCCCCUAUCAAAUUCAAGUGUUUAGGAAGUAAGAAUAGAUAAAGCAAAAAAGAAUAUAAUGAUGAAUUCUGAAAAUGCAUCAUUAGAAUCACACUACUUAGGAUACAAGUUUGUGUUCCCAAAUUGCAGUUCAGAUGCACAAGUACAAAUGGUGUCCAAACGCUUAUCAGAUAGGCUAAUGGACAAGUACUUCGAUGCUUCGGAAUUCGACUUUGAUUAUGAGCAGAGUGAACUGUGGUCUCCUUUCAUUAUCCCCACAAGUUCUGCAAUCCACUUGUCUUCGUCAAGAACACAUCAACUUAACCACAACAAUAUUCAUUUCUUCCAAAACCAGUGGCUUGGAAAACUGGAAAGAGUUGUGAAGAAAGCUAAAAAAGCCCAGAUUGCGGAUUGGUUCAAAACCAGCAUUCGUCUUGUUUCAAGGCUGCUUCGUAAAUGGAAAAACAAAAAGACUCUCUGCUGCGGUUUUUGCUUUUGGAAUGUGUUACUUAGAUAUAUGAUCUUCAUCUGAUAUAUGUUCAUCUUGUGGUAGUAUCUUUUAAGAAUGUAAUGCACUUGAGUUACAAAAAUUAGUUGAUCAGAGAAGUUUCAAGGCCAUUAUCUAUGCGUUUUAUGCAGUGUAAUCUGUUUUUGUAAUUUUUUUUUCCCAAC